CCACCGCAGUUCCCAAUGGUCCACAGCGCGAGACAGAGGGGCCAGACGCUGCCGGAGUUGCUCGCGAGCCAGAUCCAACCGUGACAUUGCAGUUGUGCUUAAGUGUGGAAGCGUGAGAGUGUGUUUGCCAGGAUGGAUUUCAUCCUGUCCAAGAUCAUCAGUCGUCCGCGUGGCGAUGCGAAGGGAUGCGACAAGGUGGCCAAUGGCAAUGGUGUCGAGUCGCCGCAGAAGUCGCAGUUAAAUCGUGAGCAGGAGGAAAUUCCGGUGAAGGAAACUCUACGAGAGGAAGGGCUUUGCCAGUCGUCAGGGAACCUUAUUGGCGCCUUUCAGCCGGAAGGCUCAAACUGGAGAGAGACAGAAAAGUUUGAGAGUGAUAAAGACCUAUUUGAGGAUCAUCGUGUGGAAGGGAUAGCAAAUUACAGUGCACUUUCGUCUGAUGACGAGGCAUUUGUUGAGUGUCACUCGUUUAUUGGGGAAAACACGAUAGAGAAUCCUCCAGUGCUCAAUCAGACUGAGGAGCAUUCGUCCAGCGCAUUUGAUAGUGGAACGGAGAGCAGAAGUCCGGGAAGGAACGACGUGAGUCUCAUUGCGAAGGAGUUUGUGGAGGAGAUUGUUUGUCGGGCUCUUGAAUUGCUCCCCAAAGACAGUGCGAAGGUGUGUCAGGACAUCAAUAAGACUAUCGAUUUGGAUGAUAGUGAGGAGGAUUGCUUCAUUGUGGCAGACUCAACGUUAAUCAUUGAUAAGGACGUUGAUACAAAAGCCUCUCUCGAUGAUGAGAUAUUGAAAUUCACGGAAAAUCUUGCAAAUAUCAAAAUUUCUGAGAAGUGUGAAGAGAAGGAAAUUGUUGCAGAGAAUCUGAGUCAAUUUAGUGAAUUGAAUGGCACAUUUGAAGUGAAAGAUGUGUCCAUGAGGAGUGUAGAUAAUCUCAACGCAACUUUUGAUGCUAAGCAGGAUCUUCCAGAAGUAGUUGAGAUUAAAGAAGACGUGAAGGAGGAAAAUCUUGAGACACAGUGCAAAAUGCCUGAGACUGUGGAACAUAAUCUCAGUCGCAAUGAGAGUUUUGAUGAAGCAAUCUCACGAGAUUCACCCAAAGACUCCUCAGUCUCAUCGUCCUUCAGCAAUCUAAAUAAUCAACCUGACAGUGCCACUCUAGCCAACACUUUUGUGGAGAAUCUCAUCACUGAGAAUGUCGAUUUUGCCUUCAAAGUGCCAGAAGUGCCCGGAGAUGGUCCGAUGAGGAAGAAGAAGCUCUUUGGCCAGAUGCACGAGAAUCUGCCGGAAAGUGCCUUUGCCGAGAAUGAUUUCCAAUCUGGUAGUGAAUUUGAAUUCACACAAUCGGAUUUGGAUUAUUUGCUGACAAAAGGCGGCAAUUGUGGAGAUCCAAUUGAUCGGAGUUCACUCCUAUUGCGCUUCGAUCCGCUCCUCAAUCAGCCCGUUCCCGCUGCCAACUAUCUGAAGGCCUCGUUCACGCGGCAGCAGCAAGAGUCGCCCAUCACAGAGGUGACGGAGGAAGAGGAGAGAUUGGGUGAGACACCAAAUCUGGAGGACACUGUGGCGCCGUGCAUGUCGGAGAAUGAUGAUUUAGGGUGUGCAAAUACAUCUGACAAUUCUCUGCUGGCCACAACAUCGUGCGAGUACGCAAAGGAUCUGAAUUCUGAGAGUGACAGCUAUAAAGAUUGUCUCAGUCAGGCGUCCAGUGAUGCGACGAUGAGCGUCGACGUGAUUAAAGAGGUCGUAGCAGAGGAAGUCAAGUCUGUGGCAAACAUAACUUCAGAAGGUACAUACAAGAAGGAGUACAAGAUGGCAGAGUUGGAGAAGAAGAUCAAGAAUGAGGUGCUGAAGACGGAGGACAUUGAGAAGAAGCUGAAGGAGGCGGAAGCCCGUGAGGAGGCACUCCUUAAGCGCAUCACUGAUAAUCAGAAAAACAUCACGAAGAUGACGGGUGUCCUAGAGGCGUACGAGAAGACAAUAGCGGAGCUAAUUGCGGAAAAACAGCAGAUUAUUGAGUCGUACGAGAAGAAGUGUAGCGAGCUACAAAAUGAACGUGAUCUCAACUUCCAACAUUUGACCUCUCUGGAGGGGACUUUUGCCGAUCUGCAUGUUAAAUACGAAAGAAGCAAACAAGUGACGAUAACUCUGAAGAAAUCUGAGGAGAGUCUGAUUGCAGAAAAGAAGCAGUGUCACGAAAAUUUGAGAAUCCAGGAGCAACGCUACGAGAAGAUGAAGAGUCACGCGAUGCAGCAACUGGAGUUAGCAAACAGCAAAUUGGACAUGCUGAUGAAGACGCAUGGCCAGGAGACGGCAAAGCUGAAGGCGCUGCUGAAGAAGGAGGAGAUCUCUCGGUUGUCCACAAAUGAGCAGCUCCUGCAGAAGACUCGUGAAAAUGAGGAGUUGGUCAAAAUUUGUGAUGAGCUGAUUAAUGGGAGCGCUCCAACAAGUUAAAUUCCAUUGUCUUCUUCCUCAUGCAAAAGAAAUGUUUGAUGGGCACAGCGAGGAAAUGAUUUAUGUAUUUUAUUAUGACAUGUGCGAGAGAGAGAGAAAUUAUUUUUCAUACAUUUACAAACAAUUAUUUGCAUUAUUUUUCAUCUCCUGUCCAAUGUUCUCAGUUGAUUUGAGAAGAUUGAGACAAUGUGUUAUGAUUUAACUCACGAGCGAGAGAGAGAAACUUUCAAAAGUUUGUUGCAAAAAUAGAGUGAAUGAUCAUCUCUGUACAAUAUUGUUAUUCCAAGAGUGCGAGAGAGAACGUAGGCAAGAUGAGUGGAAAGAACUGUUGACGAUAUUGUAAUGUGUAAUAAUUUAAUGAUUAAUACUUUUAAGAUUUUUUUAAUCACAGAAUAACUUGCAUUAACAAUUUUUUUUUCUUUUGCGUAAGAGACAACAAAUGUGGAGAAGAUGAGAAGAAAAUUUGUAUAAAAACUCUAAGUAAUUACCGAUUCAUUAAUAUGAAUGUAUACUGAAUUUUUGCAUUGUGCAGUCGACAGAAUAGUGUUUCAAUUGAGGAUUAUUAUCUGCUUGAUGUUAUGUUGGAGGGGAGCUGAAUUGGGGGUGGGCUUGGCGAAGGCAUGAAUUCAGUGCUGCUAUUCUAUAGAAAAAGAGAGGUGAAAAGAAAACUUGUAUUACUUGAUAAAGAGCGUUAGAAGGGUAUUUUAUCACGCAAGUAACUCACAACAUACACUUAAAAGGAAACCAACCUGCUAUGUAAAACACAAUAUUGUCUAAUAAAUUAUUUUUUAUUAAUCGA